CCGUUACGCUUUCCCUUCACAACUCAUAAAACUCCUUCACUUCCUUCUAACUUUCAUCACUCCCUUUCUAUUCUCAUCUCAUUCUGCUUCGCGCACAGAUUCCGCUUCAAUUUCCCUUCACUCUUUUCUCUCCAACAUCUUACACAACCAAAGGUUCUGAAAAUGAACGACCUAAUGACCAAGUCCUUCACCAGCUACGUGGACCUAAAGAAAGCGGCGAUGAAGGACGUGGAUUUGGAGGCCGGUGUGGAUCAAAACCAAAACCCUAAUGUGGAAUUAACCUCUUCCACGGCCCAUUUAGACACCGACAUGGGCCGGUUCCUGGAGGAGGCGGAGAAGGUGAAGGCCCAGAUGGGGGCCCUCCGCGACAUCCUUGGGAGGCUCCAGCAGGCCAACGAGGAGAGCAAGGCCCUGCACAAGCCCGACGCCCUCAAGGCCCUGCAGGGCCGGAUCAACGGUGACAUUGUCGCCGUUCUCAAGAAGGCCAGGGCGAUCCGGGCCCAGCUCGAGGAGAUGGACCGUGCCAAUGCCGCCAACCGGAGGCUCUCCGGCCUCAAGGAUGGCUCGCCGGCCAUCUACCGGACCCGGAUCGCCGUCACCAACGGGCUCCGCAAGAAGCUCAAGGAGCUCAUGAUGGAGUUCCAGGGCCUGAGGCAGAGGAUGAUGAGUGAGUACAAGGACACUGUAGGGAGAAGGUACUUUACUGUGACUGGGGAGUACCCAGAUGAGGAGGUGAUUGAGAAGAUCAUCGCCAAUGGGAACGAGGAAGAGGUUUUGGGUAAGGCCAUACAGGAGCAUGGUAGAGGGAAGGUUCUGGAAACUGUGGUGGAGAUUCAGGACAGGCAUGAUGCUGCUAAGGAAGUAGAGAAGAGUUUGCUGGAGCUGCAUCAGGUGUUUCUGGACAUGGCUGUGAUGGUUGAGGCACAGGGUGAGAAAAUGGAUGAUAUUGAACAUCACGUGUUGCACGCUUCGCAUUAUGUUAAGGAUGGGACCAAGAGUCUCCAGGGUGCCAAGGAGUACCAGAGGAGUAGCAGGAAGUGGAUGUGUAUUGGGAUCAUACUGCUUCUCAUUCUUAUUCUGCUUGUUAUUAUCCCUGUUGCUACCAGUUUCAGCAGUUCUUGAAAUUUUAGAGAUGGGCUUUGGAUUUUGGAUGAUUCUUCUUGACUCAUCCUCCGUUUAGAGUGCCAGAUGGGGGGUAUGAGAGAUCCCAUGUUUCUAUGUUGUUUUGUUUGGAAAUUUGUUUAAUUGUUGUAGUUAAGGUUACCUUAACCAUUUGAUUUUCUAUCUUUCCAAAAUUGAAAUAUAAUUGAAUCAUGUUUUUGCGUA